GGCUGUCUCCGAUCGCCCACGCGUCUUCGCGGGAAAUGGCUGGCCGUCACCCAGCAAGGCUGUCGCCACGGUACCAUUGAGUUACCAUGUGACUUACCAUGUGACACGUUUUAGAGCUUUCUGAUUGGACAGCGGACUGUUCUGCGAGUGAAAGAGCGAUUAUCACUGUUUAAAAUCGGGGGGGGGUUUAAUCUGCGCUGAGGGGGACAGCCGUCACAGCACUUUGAUUGAUUGAUUGCCAGGUGCUGUUAUCCAGAGUGAAAUACAAGGCUGAUAUGGAAUUUAAAAUUAAAUACGUGCCACAGGAGUGUGUCUCCUACACCAAGCUCUGUAAUCCCCUCUCUAUCUCCUUCACCAUCUUCAUCCGUCUAUUAUCUAUACUCGCUUAUUCCUGGCCACCAAUCUAUCACAGAGCACCCACACCAUUCCUGCAGCAUCUUCCAUAACAAAACUGUGUGAGGUUAUAAUAUGCCAUAAUCUCUGUCUAUCUGGAUAAGAGGGGCACGGUGGUGCAGUGGGUAGCACUGUCACCUCACAGCAAGAAGGUCCUGGGUCCAGAUAUGCAGGUAGGCUAAUUUGGGACUCUAAAUUGCCCAUAGGUAUGAGUGUGUGAGUGAAUGGUGUGUGUGUGCCCUGCGAUAGAUUGGCAGCCUGUCCAGGGUGUAUUCCAGCCUCUCGCCCCAAUGCACACUGGGAUAGGCUCCAGCACCCCCGGUGACCCUGCCCAGGAUAAGCGGGUACAGGUAAUGGACGGAUGGACUCUGGAUAAGAACGUCUGCCACAUUAAGAAAUAUGAACGCGUGUAUCCUUUGUAGCAACAUUUGAAAUUUCUAAAUAAGAUAAGAUAUAAGAUAAAGAGUUCGUGUUGCACAAUGAGCAUGUGCAACUGUGCUGCCUUUUAUUGCCUGUCAUUGCACUGCCCGAUCACCCUGGAGAAAAACUAUGCUGACUGCACAAAGCCCUCUGCCACAGUUACUGUGCUGGAUGGCUCAGUAACAAGGGUACCUGUGUAGGCACAGGUCGGCUGAGCAUUCAGUUAAAAGUGUAGGUUGAUGUGCGUUACUUCUGUAUCCGGUAACUAUGUUGGGAAAUAAAUCUCUGUAGUGGAUAACCUUUGAUUAUUUGCUGUGUAGGCCUUGUUUGUAUUAAGUAGCUGUCGGUUAUUGCUUCUUGGUAACCUGUUGGCUGUGCCUCAAAGUUGGCUGUCUGGGCUGAGUCUGUAGGAGAGUGGUACUGCGCUUCAGAUCUGUAUCAGGUAACUGUUGGCUAGCGGUGUUCUGGGCGAAGGAACACGAUGAAGUCAAACCGGGUUGAUCCUGCUGGUCCGGAUGACGAAGCGUUCGAGAUGACCGACGGAGUCUUCAGCCAGUCUGAAAGGCCAUCCCUUCGCCCUGUGGUUUCCAUGACGUCCACCGACAAUACGAUGCGGGGGCCGGCUCAGCAGUCGUCCUACGCCUGUGGCCGGUGGAGGCGGGCUGUGUGCGCGUCAGGAGAUCCCACAGGAAAAGCCAUCAAGAUCAAGUACCAAGGCCUGUCUCAGGAUGAUGACAUCAUCGAUGGGUUCAACAAAAACUGGGACCUCAAUAAAAGGCUGCUAGAUCACUUCAGAGCGCUUGCUACCAGCAACCAAGACACAGAUGAGGUGGACCUGCCGUACCUGGACAGGGCGAUUUGUGAUGGUGCCGACGUCGACGCAGCGGACAAGUACGGGCAGACGGCCCUGCACGAGGUGGGGCCCGCUCCGUUCAGCUCAAUCCCACAGUUCCCUGUGCUCUUCUGCACCUCUCCUGGCGGGCGACUCGCGGCGCUCACUCCCCUCCACGUGGCGGCGGCGCUGGACUACGAGGAGAUGAUCCACUUCCUGCUGGAGAGGCAAGCUGACGUUGGCGCCCGGACCAACAGGGACCAGCAGACCCCCCUGCACUUCGCGGCCAAGAACAACGCCGUGGGCGCCGUCAGGAUCCUGCUCCAGUCCGGCGCGGACAUCGCUGCCGGCGACUACAAACGAAGGACCCCUCUCCAGCUGGCUGCUAACCUGGACCGCAGUGAGGCGGCUCGCACGCUGAUGGAGCUCGGAGCGGACGCCGGGGUUCAGGACUCUGACGGACAGCUGUGCAUCACCUCCAUGAUUGGCCAGAUGGCCCCCGUGGCUCAGUUGGCGCUCGACCAGUUCCACGUGACGGACCGGAUGACCCGGCAGCAGUUCUACUACCUUCACUUCCUGGAGCCGGAACCGCCCUGCAAACAGAGCCCCCAGGGUCUCAAGGCCCCCAGCUCGCAAGAGCUGAGUACAAAUGAGCCCUUAUCACCGCUGGAGUUUAUCGUGCGUCAGGGGCAGCUGGACCUCAUCAUGCACCCCGUCAUCCUCAAACUGAUCGCGGUCAAGUGGAACCUGUACGGCAGAACGGGAGCCUGGAUAUUUCUGCUCCUCAACUUCCUUUUCAUCCUUUCCUGGACGACAGUCGCCAUCUCCGUCUCUGUGGUCCGAGAUGAAACGCACCCCUACGUGUUCCCUCAGGACUGGUGGCGUGUGUUGGUGGUGGUGUUUGCCCUGGGGUUCACGGUGAUGGAGCUGUAUCAGGAGGUGGCGGAGGUGGUGCGAUCCCACAGGAAGCUGCGGAGGUGGCAGAGCUGGUGUGAGCGCAGGACAAGAGAGGAUCUGAACUGUGUGCACCCCAUGUGGCCCGAGGAGAAGCAUUUUUUAGAAGAACACAUUAAAGUCAUUCGGAACAUGAAACCGGCGUAUUUCCAUGACCUCUGGAAUGUGUUUGAUUGGUUGGUGUACACGCUAGUGAUGGUGGUGUUUGGGAUCCACGUGGCAGACAUCUUCGUCAUCGAAAGCACGCUUCGGGCCACCAGCAUCCGUCUCUUUGCCGUGACCGUCAUCUUCCUCUGGCUGAGGCUAAUGAAACACGUCAGAGCCUUUAGGAUAAUGGGGCCCUUCAUCGUGAUGCUGGGGAAGAUUGUGGGGGACGUUUUGCGGUUUCUCUUCCUCUACGCAGAGUUCUUCAUCCCGUACGCCUGUGCUUUCUGGAUCAUUUUCGGAGGCAGUCCAGCGGUGCCCAGCAUGCAGACCGUGCCCAAGCUCCUGUACAGCCUGUACCGCCUCACGCUGGUAGACGAUUAUGAGUUUGACGCCAUGGUGGACGUGGACUCCGUCAUGGCCCACCUGCUCUGCGGCACCUUCCUGGCGCUGUCGGCCAUCUUGUGCAUCAACCUGCUGAUCGCCGUCAUGUCCGACACCUUUCAGAGGGUUUAUGAUAACGCCUUGGCAAAUGCAGUCAUGCAGCAAGCCGCCAUCAUCCUGCAGGUGGAGGAAGCCAUGUCCUGUCUCCGUGGUUACUGUGAUGACCAGCAUAUCCACCGUCACUGCGCCCCCUUGGCAGAGUUCUAUGACGAGGAGGUGGCAACCGACCCGGACCAGCAUGCAGAGAUGAGAAAGAUCACUACGCAGAUCAAGGAAACCCUGGAUGAGUUUCUGGAUAUAAAUAAGGAGCCGAGUCUGGAGAAUCCCGACAAAUCUGGCAACCAGGACAGAGAAGCCGGGGAUGGACACAAGUCGACUGCAGCACAGGGAAAAUAUUUGCAGACUCUGCAGAAAGUGCAGAGGGAUCAGAACCAGCAGACCCGUGACCUCGCUGCUCUGAGGACGGACGUGAAGGAGCUGCAGGUUCUGCUGCAGCGGCUGAUCCAGUGUGGCCCCGGCACAGCUGCAGGGGCAGACAGUGAUGCUCAGCCAAAGGGGUUCACAGAGACGGGGGAUUCUACAUCACAGACCCCCCCACGCCAGAAUACAACAAAAUUUUAAUUAUUUUACCAAAACACACUUUGCAUUAUAAGUGUCUUAAAACACAUUCAUAUUUGUUUAUAUCAACAUGGCUGAUGAAUGAAAAUUUUUGAUCCAUUUGAAUGAAAACAAUUUUUUUUUUCUGAAUUUUUUUGUCAAGACAGUCUUAUGCAUUUUUUAAAAUAAUUUUCCAUAAAUGUCAUGAAACACAAUUCCAUUCAUUUUAAUCACAGUGGUUGUUGAAUAAACACAAUUGCUCAUCCGUCUUCAUGAAAAAAAUUACAUAUUAUCAAAGGUAGAUGAUAGCGUGCAGUCAGUGCUCAUGGCCAAUUCAUUUCAAUCCUGUGUUGGUUUUUUAAGCAUCCUUUGCUCUUGAGUGUUAAUAAAGGAGUCCAAUGACUCAAAGACAA